UAAUGUUGCGACUUAAAACUGUUUAUAGCACCCCAAUUUCUUUUGAAUAUCGUGCUUCCACGCUUUCAUUUGCCAAUAUUUGGCAUUUUUUCAGCUUCCCUUUAUCAGCAAUAAUUGCAUUGUUUUUAACUUUUGCUACACAGGGGCUGUGGCGUAGAACCAACACUUAUUUAGAACGGCCUAGUGUACAGUUUAAUGAACAAUUAUUCAUUUUAUUCGAAGAUGAGAAUGGCCAGAUUCAACACUUUUGGAGCCCUGUAACUGAUUGGAAUGAACGUUGGAGUGAAUAUUUGACUUUCCCUGCAUUUGAAACAAGUAGUUUAGAUGUAGACGAUGAUGGGCGACCAGAGGAAAUAACAAUAAAUAUUCUAUUUCGUUCACCAAAAGGCAACUUAACAAGUGAUAAAUUCAAAGGUAUUACUUUUGUGUUAUUUUUUGAUGUUCAACUUGAUCGACGUGCAUUGCUAGAGUUUCAAAUGUGCCCGGUUAUUGGGAAGAUCAACAGGCCAGGCAAUGCUUAUAAUGAUAUGAGCAUGAUCGGUAUUUUACAAAUGGCUCAACGUGGACCUUUUCCCAGCUGGGGAAAUCUAACUCAAUCUCCUUUUGAAUGGGCAUCUUCGACUUUGAAUAUUAGGAAUGCUACAGAUUUAUCUAAUAAUUCCAGCAAUUAUUACUUAAAAACAGACGAAACUAAUUUAUUGUUAGACCUAAACGACGACAACUUGAAAACAAAAAUGGAUUCGGCUAUUUGGGCACUUCAGAAUUAUCAAAUAGAACAGGAUUUUACACUUGAACUUGUUAGCAGCGCCCAUCGAUGGGAUAUUCGUUCAGAACCCCCAAAUGAUACAGAAUCUGGAAGCUUUCACGUCAAUUACAGGCUUAGAAUUAAUGAACAAAUUUUCUAUUAUAGAACGGAUGUGUGGGAAAUGCUAAAAUGGGCUUGGAUUCAAUUUUUGGCAAUUUAUAUUGUUGUUCGAACAUUAUUUAAUUCACUUUCCGCUUUUCUAUACCAAAACCACAUUCUAGAAACAUUUAUUGUUCGUCCACAGAAUUUGGAAGAUCAAGAUUCCAAGUUUAAAUAAAUCAUGGGCACUUUUUGGAUAUCUCCCCCCCCCCUAGUUCGGAGAAUGUACUAUGUAAUGAUCAAACUUCCUUCUGCUGAUGCCUCUCAUUUGAAUAGGUCACAGGGAAAUGGAGUGGAAUUGGUGAAGGAAGGAAAUCUCUGAUACUCAAGCUGGGGGGGGGGGGGCUGGAUAUCCAAAAAGAACCAAAACGUGAUUGCUGAGCCAUUGUAAAGCAUAUAGCUAUUUAUGUAUUUCCUAAGGCUGUAAAGUAGACGCCGAGGUGUA